GAGCAUCCUUCUCUCUCAUCGAGUGCUGGCCACCCUCCGCAUCCUACUAUAGGCUCUGUUGCAGCGCGACGCACCAGAGUGAGAGUUGCAGAGGCGCACAGGAGGAGAUUGACGGACAGAACGGCAGCUUUCUGAAGUGAAAAUUCGCUCUCCGGCAUCCUGUCCUUUUUAAAAUGUCUCUUGGAAAUAAAAGACUCGCUCGGAUGAUUGCAUUUGUCGCCUCAGUGCUGUUUGGCUCAGGUGGGACGGAUGGAGAAGAUGUGUGUGACAACCCAUUGGUGUACAAUCUGCCACCAUCAUCCUUCAGGAGCUCCUCUCAGCUAUCAAGCAGUCACGGACCAGGCUUUGCUAAAGUCAACCGAAGAGAAGGAGCUGGAGGCUGGUCACCUCUGUUGUCAGAUAAGAACCAGUGGUUGGAGGUGGAUCUGCAGAAACGAACCCAGAUAACGGCUGUUGCCACACAGGGCCGCUACGGCAGCUCGGAUUGGUUGACAUCCUACCUGUUGAUGUUCAGUGACACAGGACAUAACUGGAGACAAUACCGACAGGAAGACGUCUUAGGGGCUUUUCCAGGUAACACUAACGCAGACACUGUGAUCCAGUACAAACUUGAUUACCCAGUGAUUGCUCGAUAUCUACGCCUGAUCCCGUUGGACUGGAACCCCACUGGAAGGAUCGGACUCCGUCUGGAAAUAUAUGGAUGCAGAUACACUUCUGAGGUGGCGGGUUUUGAUGGAAGAAGCAGCCUUGUCUACAGACUUAGUGCCAGAAUGAGCUGGACAGCGAGGGAGAGCAUCUCUCUGAAGUUUAAAACUUUUAAGGCAUCAGGAACACUGCUUCAUGCAAAAGGACAGAGGGAUCACAGUCUAAACCUGGCACUGGAAAAAGGAAGGCUACUGCUCUACCACCAGCAAGAUUUGAGUUCAGGCUCUGGGGGCAAACUUCUUGUUUCUCUUGGUAGUCUGCUCGAUGACCAACACUGGCAUCAUGUAAAGCUAGAACGACUCAGCACUCAUCUCAACUUGACAGUGGAUAAAAACAUGCAGCAAGUUCAUGUUCCAGCUGAGCUCAGCCACUGGCACAUUCACAUGCUAAGUGUGGCAGCUGUUCAGAGCCAUGGACUCCAAACACCUAUCCUCCCCAACCGGAACUUUUGUGGAUGCCUGGAGAACCUGUUAUACAAUGAUUUCAAUUUGAUCAAACUGGCCAAACAAAACAGCCAACAGGUCAUCGCAGUGGGCAAUAUGACCUUUUCUUGCAAUGAGCCAGUUUUCGUUGCCGUGACGUUCACUGACUCUCACAGCUUCCUCCAGCUGCCUGUUCUGACAUCAUGGUUGUCGGGGAUUGUUUCUAUAACAUUGCAGUUCAGGACCUGGAACAAGGCAGGGCUGCUUCUGACCUUUGGCCUGCAACAGCAGGAAGGCUCAGUCUUCCUUUAUCUGAGCGAAGCCAGGCUUCGCCUUCAGAUCAGAAGAGCUGGAAAUACUCUCCUAGAGCUAAGCACUGGCUCAGGUCUGAAUGAUGGCCAGUGGCAUUCUGUGGAGCUGAACUCCAAGGAAAAUCAUUUGAGCAUCACAGUGGACAGAGACGAGGGAGCAACUGCUCACACCAGGACCCCUUUACUUCCAACAGCAGAAAGUCAACUCUUUUUUGGUGGUUGUCCUGCUCAGGCAGUCAGCUUGGACUGCAGAAACCCAUUUCAAGAGUUUCAGGGAUGUAUGCGCCUCUUGAAAUUGGACAGCAAAACCGUGGACUUAAUAAAAGUUCAGGAUGGACGGCUGGGAAACUACAAUGGGCUGCAGAUUGAUAUGUGUGGCAUCAUUGACAGGUGUUCCCCGAGUCACUGUGAACAUGAAGGAACAUGCACUCAGUCGUGGAGCACCUUCCACUGUAACUGCUCUAAGAGUGGCUACAGAGGAGCCACCUGCCACAGCUCAAACUAUGAGCAAUCAUGUGAGAUCUACAAACAUAAAGGCAACACGUCGGGGCAGUAUUACAUAGAUGUGGAUGGCAGUGGACCGGUUAAGCCCCAACUCGUUUACUGUAACAUGACAGAGAACCAGACAUGGAUUAUCAUACAUCAUAAUAACACAGACUUAACCACAGUUCAUUCCUCCCCUGAAACAAACCAACAUUUUGCCAACUUUCACUACACAUCGGAAGAGAAGCAGCUAUCGGCCGUCAUCAGUCAGUCAGAGCACUGUGAACAGGAGCUAUUGUAUCAUUGCAGGAGAUCCCGUCUCUUCAACACUCUGGAUGGUGCUCCCUUAAGCUGGUGGGUGGGUGGCCCAGCCUCGGGUGAGAUCCAGAACUACUGGGGUGGAGCUUUGCCUGGGAGCCGGCAAUGCAUGUGUGGUCUGAAGGAUAACUGCCUCGAUUCAAGUUUCUACUGCAACUGCGAUGCUGAUUACAACCUAUGGACAAAUGACUCAGGCCUCCUCACCCAUAAGGAGAACCUACCAGUCAGGUCAUUGGUGCUGGGUGACAUCCACCGUCCUGGUUCAGAAGCUGCCUAUAGGGUGGGACCUCUCCGCUGUCAUGGAGACCAAAACUUCUGGAAUGCUGCAUUUUUCGAAGAGGAGACAUCCUAUCUUCACUUCCCUACCUUUCAAGAAGAGCUAAAUGCAGACAUCUCUUUUCUGUUUAAAACAACGUCCUCCUCUGGGCUCUUUCUUGAAAAUCUGGGCAUCAAGGACUUCAUACGAAUAGAACUCAGCUCAUCUACAGAAGUAAUCUUUUCUUUUGAUGUUGGGAACGGACCUCUGGAGGUUAAAGUGAGGACCAGCCUUCCUCUAAAUGACAACCGAUGGCAUAGUGUGCAAGUUGAGCGAAACGUUAAAGAGGCAUCGCUACAAGUUGAUGACUUCCCUGCUGCCAUACAAGAAGCUCCUUCUGAUGGAUUUAUUCAUCUACAGCUCAACAGCCAGUUAUUUAUAGGAGGCACAGCAUCACGACAGAAAGGCUUUCUGGGCUGUAUCCGCUCUCUGCAGCUAAACGGCGUCACACUGAAUCUGGAGGAAAGGGCAAGGAUCACACCUGGCGUCAGACCUGGAUGCCCGGGGCAUUGCAGCAGCUAUGCUACACUCUGCCAAAACCAGGGACGUUGUAUGGAAAAGGCCAACGGGUUCUCAUGUGACUGCAGCCAGUCUGCCCACACUGGCGUCUUCUGUCACAAAGAAGUUUCAGGCAGCUUUAAGUCAACAACAUCCAUCACUUAUAUCGUAACGGAGCCAUAUGAGAUGAGCAGGAACAGCAGCUAUUUGCACUCAUCCAUCUACUUGGAUAUCACACUGAGAGGAGAAGACAUCUCCCUGAGCUUCAGAACCAGUCAAAGCCCUGCCAUGCUGCUCUAUGUCAGCUCUUUUUACAGAGAAUACUUGAUUCUUCUCAUCAACAAACAUGAUGAGCUGGAAGUGAGGUACAAGUUGCACAGCAACAGAGAUGAGGAGGUGUUGAACAGCCGAGUCAUGAACUUAGCUGAUGGGCGUUUGCACAGUGUGACCAUUCGGCGACAGGCAGACAGUGUCUCUGUACAGAUCGACAAAAAUGCCAGGGAGGAUUUCAACUUGACAUCUGAUGUGGAAUUUAACAAUAUCAAAUCGAUUACUCUGGGAAGAUUGUCAGAGUCAGAAGGCCUAGACGCCAAUCUUGCUGGGUUGACCAGUAUUGGGUUCACAGGUUGUCUGUCGGGUGUUCGAUUUAAUUCCAUCUAUCCUCUGAAAGCUGCUCUCCUCCAUCCUGACAGCCGUGUUACUGUCACAAGUCCCCUGGUACCAUCAAGCUGUGCUUCAUCGUCUCCAGCUGAUUCCUAUGCAGCAGAAACUACACAUUCAUUAUCAGACCAACCUCACUUUGUAGAUCCAGGACAGCCUUUAGUCAACACCAGUAGGAGUGAUUCAGCUCUAAUUGGAGGUGUGAUUGCAGUGGUCAUUUUUGUCAUCAUGUGUACUGCAGCGAUCAUGGCUCGGUUCAUUUGCAUCAGGAAAGAAACAUAUCGGAACCAGGAAGUAAAAGCAGCGAAGUCUGAGGACAGCCAUGAGUUCCCCGUCAGCAGCCAGGCAGGCUCUCUAAGGGUUCAAGGCGAAAACCAGAAAGAGUUUUUCAUUUAGCAACUUCCCGUAAGAGGACUGACUGGGAUAAAUUACAGUACCAAACAGUGCUUUACCCAUUCCUCACACUUGUUAUUUGUAAAUAUCAUAGACUUUAUUUGAAGAUGUGUUGGACUCACCUUUUUGAGGUAAAUAUUUGAGCAUAGUGAUUUCUGUGCUUACAACUAAUUAGCUUCCAUUUCGAAAGUUUCUGCCUGAUGGAAAUAGAAUGAUAGAUGUGGAUUAAUGAUGAAAACUUUUGAGCUGGGGGAGAUUUAUAAGAACUUUUCCAAGACAAACCUUUUAAAGCCUAGCAGAUUUAAGAAGCCACAACCUGCAAAAAAAA